AAGGCGGCGAUACCCCGGUUGGAUCGGCGGUGCCCGGUGCCGCUUGGUGAGGGCUUGCAGUCCGCUGCAGAGCGCACGGACCGGCCGAGGCCGUUCUCGGUUGGCUGGUCACCAGCCGGCGCCGCCUCGCGCGCCCUGUGCUGAGCCUCGCCUCGCGCCGCCUCAGCGCCCCGGGAGCUCUCAGCCCACUCCGGUCAUGUGACGGCGAACGUAACGGGACGUGCAGCAACCGUUUGGCAGUUGGGUUCGCGAGGAAGGCGGCGGGCGGGCGGCGGCGCGGUCCCUGGUCGGUGCUGCGCAGACGGGGGAAACGGGAAGACGGAACAAAGAGGCUGCCUCACGCAAAAAGGCUUAAAGUAACAUCCCAGCACCGCACGGACCAGGAAGAGAGUUGUAUUUUUUAGGCAAAUGCAUUGGAUUUCAAUUUAAUGAAAGAAUUGCAUCAAAACAAUUCCAACUAGUGGGUCCGACCAUACUUUGCAGGAGAAUCCCAUCUCUACCUGUGUAAAGGGUCUUUUUCAUCUGGAACGUGACCCUAAUUGCAAUCCACCAGCUAACUUCAAGAGCUGACAGAUGUUCUCGGCCUCAGGUCGGAUUUGGGUCUAAACAUGGAACUAGCUAACCAUGGUUUGAUUCUGUUACAACAACUCAAUGCCCAGCGGGAGUUUGGCUUCCUUUGUGACUGUACGGUGGCUAUAGGUGAUGUCUAUUUCAAAGCACAUAAAGCAGUCCUUGCCUCUUUCUCCAAUUACUUCAAAAUGCUUUUUAUUCAUCAAACAAGCGAUUGUGUCCGACUGAAACCAACGGAUAUUCAGCCAGAUAUUUUUAGCUACCUCCUGCAUUUAAUGUACACAGGAAAGAUGGCACCCCAGAUUAUUGAUCCUGUCCGUCUUGAGCAGGGAAUUAAAUUUCUGCAUGCUUAUCCGCUAGUUCAAGAAGCCAGCUUAGCUAGCCAUGGAGCCAUUCCUCGCCCUGAUCAAGUUUUUGCAUGGACAUCCUCUCUGUAUGGUAUUCAGAUUGCAGAUAAUCAAACCACACCCCCAAACAGGUUAUCAGCAACUGGAGAAAAGUCUGGGCGAGAGCCCAGGACACAUGCUCAUCCUUCUCGAAUAGAACAAGAACGAGGGGCAGAAGCUGGUCACCAGCAUCCCCAGAGUGCACAGAUUCUUCAACAUUCUCAGCACAUUGGGCAGUCGUCUGGAACACCUCUAGGAUUGGCUUCUCCAUCUGGUCCUCCAGCAACUGAAGAACGAUGUGAGAAUAUUCCUCUAUUAGAUGGACAGCCUGGAAUGCAUGCAGUAGCUCAUGUUAAGCCCAGUAUAAUGAAAAGGAAUAGCGGUUUCCCCAAGUUUUACGUUUGUCAUCUUUGUGGCAGAAGGUUUACUUUACGAAGCAGCCUGCGUGAGCAUCUGCAGCUCCAUACGGGGAUGUCACUUCCUGUUACCAGCCAAGCAGGAAUGAAUGUGCUAGGACAAUUAAUAGAAUCUGGGAAACCUGCAAAAGAAGUUGAAGAAAUGCCUGAAGCAGAGGUAAUUAGCGACGGUGAACUACAACAGAAGAAUGAUUCACCAAUGGCAGAUAGCCAACUGCAAGCUGAAACACCACCUCCGUCGGACAUUGCAGACAUUGACAAUUUAGAAUUAGGGGAUCAUGAUAGGGAGGUAAAAAGGCGAAAAUAUGAGUGCUCCAUCUGUGGACGUAAAUUUAUCCAGAAAAGUCACUGGAGAGAGCAUAUGUAUAUUCACACAGGCAAACCAUACAAAUGUAGUACCUGUGAUAAAACAUUCUGUAGAGCCAAUCAGGCUGCCAGGCACGUUUGCCUUAACCAGAACUCUGACACCUUUAUGAUGGUUGAUAAUAAGCAAGUGAUGCUCACUGAAGGUUCCUCAGAAGAAACCAAUCAGUCACUAAUGGAUCCAGUGUAUCUAGCAACAAACCAAUCAAGUCAAUCAUACAAGUGCAAUCUUUGUGACAAAAGCUUCUCAACUGCUAGUGAAGCUGUUCGGCAUUCAUGCCAAAACCAAAACUCUGAUACAUUUGUUUUGAUGGAAGGUCAACCAGCAGUGCAAGGCGAGGGCUCUUCAGAGGCUUGUGAUGUGACAGAAACAAAUCAGCCUCUGUCAGAUUCAGCGCAUAAUGUGGAGGAUGGUCAGGCUGUUUUAGUAGAAUGACGAGUCUGUUCAUUUAAUCAUUUCUUAAUGUGUUUCUUAAAAUGUACAAUUCAAGAUUAAUUGUUCAUAGAUAUAGUUUAUUUUCUAAAUUAGUUUUUGGUUUUCUUCUCUGGCAAAAAUGUCAUUAUUUGCUGAUAUUGUGACUUUUAAGAUGAAGAUCCAGGUUGCAUAUUGUAUCAGUGUUUGCACUAGAGUUCAGAUUAACCCAUGUCAAUCAUGAGCUGCUUUGGGACCAGGUUUGGGAGUGUUUAUGCUGUCACUGAAAAAAGUUGAUGUGCAUUUUCUUUUACUGGUAUUACCUGAUGCUCACAUCGCCUGUCAAGAAAUGAAGUUACAAAGUCUCAAAUCUUUGUCUUCGUGCUCCACAGAGCUUCCCUAAACCAACAUCAAACUCAAAAGUGUACACUUCUACUGAGCCUUUUUGAUGUGUGCCCAUGUUAAAAGGGAUACAGUUUAAAUAAAACAUUGGUGUCUGACAGCUUCAAAAUUUAUAGUGUGCAAUUGCCAUUGUGAUUAAGAAAUGUUCUGUAAUUAUCAGCUGAUCACUGGGUAUACAUGUCGACAUGUAUAACAAAUCACAAAAAUGCACAAAGAGGCUAUGCCAUUUUUGAAUCAAUAAUGAAUACAAAAUGUUGGUUUGAAUGUGAGCUAGAAGAUCACUUGACUCAGUCAAAAACUUUUAAUUCAGUCCAUGUCGGCAAAGGAACUGCAUGAACCAAAAGGAUGAAAUACCAAAAUUAUUUUAUUUCGGAGAUCAGUGAUCUGUGAUUACUGAAAUACCCUUCUAUGAAUCAUAUGAAAAGUGUAGUUCCUAAAUAAACUUGUUCAAUAUGAUAUUAAAUAAAUUGCUCACAUAUGGAAGAGGAACUUUUGUUACAAGACCAUUUUCCAGUAUAAUAGAACAAAGCUGUACUCUGGUGCUCCACAUUUGUCCCUAUUCAUUUGUAUAAACCAUGUUUUUAAACUAUGUUCAGUGUAAUUCUGAAUAUCACUUACCUCACUUAUUUACAAUUUGCUCUUCAAUAUGUCUGUGUAAUCUGCUUUCAAGAUGGGGGGGGUCUUAAAACAUCUAUGCAUGCUGAAUUCAAAAUACAGUAGUAGUAUUUGUAACUUGUUUUACAGAAAUAGUAGGUACAUUAUUUAUUGUGUUGGCUGUCUUUAUACCUUUUUAGAUUUCUUCAUUAUUAGAAAAAAACUAAACUGAGGAACAGCAACACUGAAAGAAAUCUUUCAAAUUCUGGAUUAACUGCAAGGUAGAUUAGAAUUGCUGUUGGAAGGAGGAAAAGGUGGUUACCACAAAAAUAAGCUAUCAUUUGGAUUAUUUUUCAAUUUUUUUUCCCAGCAGUGCACACAUACCAAAAAUGUUUUGUUGAUAUUGUAUAGGCUUCAAAAUGUAUUACUUUUCUCCACAAGAUACUGUAUGCAAAACAUUGUAGAUUGGAGCAGACCUUUUCACAAUUGCUUUUCUUAAUGGUUUGUUACAUCUGGUUGUGCAAACUAAAAAUUAUGCUCCUAAUGUUUGAAUUUUUUCUUGUAGCCUAUUUUUAAUUGAUUAAUCUAUGACUUUAUCAAUACAAUACUGGUCAUAAUAGUUUGUACCAAAAGCCCUUUACUGUAGAUGUGAAUUGAAAACCACUAUAUGGAUUAAAUGAAUAUAGUAAACAUUAAGAUUAAUUUUCCCUUUUGAUUAUGAAAAGUACAUUUUUUACUGUUACAUCACAAAUGUUACAAGAUGGAUCAAACCCCAAGGUAUUUUGUUACUGUUCAUUCAAAUUUGUAAACAUCUCUCGCAGUUAUUUAACCACUUUUGCUCAGUAACCCCUCAGAUAUAAAUAUACUAAGGUAUUACUUGCAAAUAUAAAUUGCUAAAAAGCAAGGAUGAAAUUCUAGGAAUAAUGUAUGUAAAUUGUUGUUACAAGUUUUAUAUAUAGACUUAAUGGUAGGAUUCACAUUUGAAAUAAACAAAUCAACUGCCUUAAAACAAUUAAGCAUAAAAUUAUGUCCAUUGUCAAAAUUAUCACUUGCAUUAAUUAUGAGUCAAAUAAAAUGUAGAUUUUAAAAAGAGUAUUUUGUGAAGCAUGUUUCAAGAGGGAAAUGUAUUUCAAACUUGUAAAUGAAUCCUGGAUGAGAAAAGACAUUCCUUUGUUGUAGUAUCUUUGACCAAACAAAUUGAAGAUUGGCCAGUUUAAUUGGGGGCAUAAGUAUAUUGGUUUCAAAUGGGACUUUUAACAUUUUUAGGUGAUUUCAAAUAUAUUUAUAUUAAUGAAGUUGAACUUAAGUUGACUUACAAAUUGCAGAGAUUAAGAGCACUAUUUUCUGUGACGUCAGCUGCAAUAGCACUCCUUGCCAGCAUUGUUGAGAUUUUUAAGUGCAUUGUACAGUUGCCUUUCUGUAACAUUUUAAGUUGCUGCUCAGAAGCUAGCCAUUCACCUGCAUGGUGAGAUCUUAUUUAACAAAGCAUACAUAUGUGAUGGGUAUCUGUGCUGUACACAAUGAUAGACUAGAGUUUAAUUUCCAUGUUUAUGUAUGCAUUGUUAAACUAACUCACUGUGGUGAGCUUCUGCUUUAUUUUUCUAUGAGUUAGCAUUUUGUUUAGUCUCAAAUAUCCAAGCUAAAUACACACAUUUGUACUUGUCUUGAUUCCAUGCCAUAUCAUUCUGUCAAAUCAAAAUCUUGUUAGUUAUAACUGUAUAAUGUGUAAUAUAAUGCUGCCAAUACCAAAGACUUGAAUAAAACAGGCUUGGUAGGAAC